AUGCCCAACCUCAAAAUCCCACCACUUUUAUCUCCAAUCCCCUCAUCGGUACUGUUGAGAUACGCCACUAUCUAUGAAUCCAACACCGACACCGACAACCCCUCGGAGGAGCCAGAGAUACCAGGCCAUACCCACAGAGCACUCCCACCGUUUCUCCGGGGUAUACCUAUCGACUGGUCACAGGGUUACUUUACUUGGCAGCGCAAGGGAUGCGAUUGCGUGGUCAAGUUCUGCCCACAGCAUUGCCGGGAGCUCAUAGGAUCAAGGGAUGAUGAAUCUAAGCAAAGUUCUAUGCCUGCCUCUGAUCUGCAAGUCGAUGCUUCGGAUCCGUAUAAUGAUAUCAGUUCCAACGACUAUUACCUUGACUCAAACAACGAGGCGGUCGAUGAUAGCGAUGAACACGAUGUUGACGAUGAUGACCACAAUAGCGAGGUUGAUAAUGACGAUGCCGACGACGAAGCUGGGUCGGGUUCCUCAAGUGAAGCAGCCGAUGACGAUGGGAACGACAUGCAGUCUGCAAGUGGUAACCAGGCGCAUAAUGCAUCGGUACUGCCUAGCAUCGAAGGUGGACACCAAUCUGGGGAGGGAUCACCUACACCCUCUGUUUCGCCCGGAGAGGGGACUGCCCUGGAUGACCCAAACAACCUCCAUGAAGUAGAAGAGGGCACGGUCUCUCUCAGCGAUCGGAACCAGCCAGAUGAUAUCAUGGACGAUUCGAACGAGACCGAGGUGCCCAACCCCGAACUUCCCCAGCCGCAGCCGCAAGGCUCCCAAGUCCAACGAAUGCAACGGCCCGCGCACCAGCCUCCGCCGCCAGCUGAGCUAGGCUUCGACACCGAGUAUCUCGAAGCCCUCCCCGAAGAGCUCAGAAACGAAGUAAUCGCCGAUACCCAGGCUAAGGAUACCGGCACCCAGAGAUCCCAACCCCAGCCACAGGCGCGUGGGCGUGAGCGUGAACAGGUUUUCCAAAGGCAUGGCGGCGAAAGCAGCGGAAACGCCGAGGUCUUGCAAGAGUUCCUUGGAGUACUCCCGGAGGACCUUCGUAACGAAAUACUUCCCCCUCUGCAGGCUUGGGCUCGGGCUCAGGUCUCAGCCCUCCCUCCCCUAAGCAGCCUUCCAGUCAUGUCUGCCAUCACCACCACCACCAACAGGCCCGCCUACCAAACAAGCCGACAAGUAGCCCAAGAAGCUGGACCUCGGUCCCAGUAUGCUAGUCCUCGCGCGCAGCAACAUCAUCAACGUCGGAGAUCCGACUUUUUGGCCAGGGUGCUAAAUAGUAUCCCUUCUCCGGCGCCUGGUUCCACUGGGACACCUGGCGACGGUGUAGAUAGUGUUAGCAGUCGGACACAAGCUCAGCCCAAUCAGUCCCAGACUUUGAUGCCCACGGGACUUUUCUCUACGUCAACCCCAAAACCUGUGGCCAGAAAGCUCUUUGCUCGAUCUGAUGCGUUCCAGCCACGUUCAGCGCCAGUAAAACCCGCAAACGACAUGGAUCUCGAAGAGGCCAAUGGUAUGGUGACGCGGAGUCAGAGCCGUCGUCGCGGUAGAGCUGAUACUGUUGAUGAGGUCGGGGAGGCAAGUAAGGUCGGCGAGAGUAUAGGUAUGGUGACGCGAAGUCAGGGCCGUCGUCGCAGUCAAGCUCGGAAUGGCGUAGAGGUGCAGGACAAUCAAGACAAUAGGGACAAGGAGGAGCAGGAGCAGGAGCAGGAGCAGGACAUACAGGGUGAAGAAGCGUCAAGAAGAAACAAGAGGAGAAAGAAGACAGAAGAGGAUCGGGAGUCUGAAGGAAAGGAGAAGAAGAAGAAGACACUAGGUAGAGCCAAGAGGGGAAAACCAAAAGGGAGCGGGAAUACGAAGACGUAUGCGAAGAGAGAUAAGAGGAGGAGGGUUUGA